AAGGUUUCGCCCUGACCUGAUGCGACUGGGAAUCAAACCCAGGUCCUCUCGCUUGUGAGGCCGCUACGCUAAAGGACUCCAGACAUCAGCAAAUCUGUUUAUAAUUCCUCUCCGCACGCAUUACAGAGAAUUGAGAAUGCGAUGGAGCUUCCUGAAAACUUGGUGUGAAAGGGAGGGAAGGGGUGGUUUGACUGGAAAGCAGGAAGGAAGAGGAGGAUAUACAAGCCACAGACAGACUGAGAGCAGCUGUGAGCUGUAGAGGGGCAGAUAUGAACGGCUCCAAGGACCUGCAGAAGCUUCAAUCGGAGGCCGAGGAAAUCAAGGAUCUGAUGCACGGAAACGUGGUGAAGAUAAAGGAACGGGAGGAGAAGCUGACCGUGCUCGAGGACAGAGCGACGGUGCUGGAGGAAGCGGGAAAGACUUUCCAGAAAACCUCACACAAAGUGGCCCAGCAGGAGAAAUUCAAGAACAGGAAAUACAAGAUCAUUUUGGGGAUCGUGUUGGUGACUGUGACAAUCAUUCUCCUCGCCAUCGUCUUGUGGACCUGCAUCCCCAGAGGAUCAGCUCCCACCUCUUAUUCCAGCUCCACGGAAGUGAGGGGAAGCGAGAGUGGGCCCCACCUUCUGGGGGCUGAGGGGGGAGUAAGCCCCACCUCUGGGAGCAGAGUGGGGAGUGAGCCCCACCCUCUGGGGACUGAGGGUGGAGUGAGCCCCACCUCUGGGGGCUGAGUGGGGAGCGAGCCCUACUCUCUGGGAUAAGGGAGGGACACAGGAACCCACUCUAUCUCCUCAACACCUCACCCUGUGGUUCCCAUCACCCUCAGUGACGCUGACACACGGUACAGACCCCGAGAGACAGAGAGAAAGAGAGAGACAAUAGAACCGGUCACACCUCUCUAGUAUCUCAUUCUACCCCGCCACGCCCUCUCUUCCUCUCUCUCUCUCUCUUUCACUUUCUGCCUCUUUAAUCCGUUUGGAAAAAGAACAUAGGAACAGGAGGAGGCCAUUCAGCCCCUCGAGUUUGUUCUGCCUUUAUAUUAGAUCAUGGCUGAUCUGUACCUCAACUCCAAUUGCCCGCCUUUGCCCUGUAUCCCUUGAUACUCCGACCUAACACACAUCCAUCCGCCUCAGUCUGGACAAUGUGAAUGGACACAGUCAUAUGGGUUAAAAUUAAAAGGAUUCAAUUAGCUUCUCUUUAUUGCAAUCUCCCCCCACAUUGCCUACCCCCCCCCCACCCCACGCGCAUAAUUUGCUGUGAUCCUUGGAGUCUCCUCUGUUUAGGUGAUUGGCAGAGCGCUUUAAUGGGGGCAAUAAUAUCUUAAAAAUAAUAAUAAUAAUGUGGUCACUCAAUCCACCACUGUUUGUGGGACGUUGCUGUGUGCAAUCACUAUAUUUUACAGUGUAUCCUGUGAAGCGCUUUGAGACGUCUCAACGACAUGAUAAGGCGCCGGGUCAAAUGCCAGGAUUAUUACAGGGAUAGCGAUUCCUUAAUUGGGAAUCCCUAAUUGGAGGUGCAAAAAUAUUCUCGAGUGUGUGUGUGUGUGUGAACAUGUCUGUGUGAGCAUGUCUGUGAGUUUGUGUGCCUGUGUGAACGUGUCUGUGUGAGUGCGAGUGUGUCUGUGUGAGUGUGUGUGAGCGUGUCUGUGAGCGUGAGCGUUUCUGUGAGUGUGUGUGAGGGUGUGUGUGUGCCUAUGUGUCUGUGUGAGCGUGUCUGUGUGUGUGAGUGUGUGUGUGUGGGCGUGUCUGUGAGUGCGUGUGUGUGUGCGUGUCUGUGAGCGUGUGGGUGUGAGGGGGAAGGGGACGGUUAUAGACCACAAUCACAUCCUGCAGUGUGGAGUAACCUCUAACCCACAGAGUGAGGAACUCUUUGUGGCAAACUAACAGCCUGUGAACUGCACCAGAAAUCUGGAAUGUUCAAGGAGCUUUGUGUAGUCACAUCAGUGACCCCAGGAAACUAUGCGCGAUUUACUGCCUGUACAUUAAUUGUAUAAUAAAAGGUUUUAACGUUA